UGUUGGUUGGACCAAUUUAAGGUUGAAGAGAAGAAUAAAGAAAAAGAUACAAACAAUCAACUAAAGUGAAGUGAACAUUAAACAAUCUUAUGUUUGUUUUAUGAAUUUGAUUAGAUAACAGUGUUCGCUAUUAUAUAAUUUUAGUUUCAGUUUUUAGAAACAUUUGAAAUUUAUUUGUAUGAUCAAUUUAGUUCAUGUUUUGUUGACGUCCAGAUAAUACAAAAUCAAGCAGAGUCGUCACAUCGCAUAACCUAGUUAUAAAUAACAGUACAUUGAACUUUCUUCAUACCGUACGAUUUGUGAUGUAUUUGUGAUAUUAUUUGAUAAGGAUUUUUAUAAAAAUAUUGUCUCAAUUUCAGUAAUUUUACAAUACCACUGUACAUGGAAAAGCUUUAAUAAACAAAAAUGGGAAGAGUUGAAAUUUGUUCCAGAGAUGAGGUGAAAAACCUUGGCGAAGCCCUACAGAAAGAGGAAUUCCGAAAUCUUUUACUUGAAUAUGUGAAAGAGAUAAAUGAUCCUGAAAAUAGGAAACAGUAUGAGAAAGAAAUUACCCAGCUAGAAAAUGAAAGAGGAGUUGAUAUUAAAUUUGUCCAUCCUUCUUCUGGAUAUGUUAUUAAAACAAGUGUUGAUGGCGUAAGUAAAGCUUUUAUAAAUAUUUGCGUAACACAAAUGUUAGGAAAACCUUCAUCUAAUCCUGAUAUUAAUGGAAGUCAGCGUGGGUUACGGUGGUCAAUACCAUACUGUUGCCCACCAAGAGAAGAUGUUGAUAAAAAGAAUAAUACAUGUACCGUAUUUGAUGUCAUAUUUCACCCAGAUACUCUACAUAUGACUAAAAGCAAUGGUGCGUUUAAAAAUUUGGUGAAUGACACUGCCCUAGGAGCAGUAGAAGAAAAUUUCAAUGUUUCUUUGGAUAAAAUUAAUUUGAAAUUUCCAAAAUUGCAAUUUAAAGGAAUGAAACAUGCAACUGUAAUAAGAAAAAAGAUUGAAAAUUUUCAACCCACAGAAGUCCUAGAUUUACCUAACUACCCUUAUCCACCAGUAAAAGAUGAUAGUUAA